AUGGUGUUAGUAGCAAACCGAUCUAUGGAAUUCCGAAACAGUCAGCUAGGACUUAUCAGUGUAAGGACUUUGACGGCGAAAGACGUGACCGUUGAGGGGUUUUGUAUGAACCGGUGCGGGACGCACGGGUCAAAGUCAAGUUCCCUUGACGGUGGAGCUUACGUCUGGGUGGGAAACUCUGAAGAGCAGUGUCCUGGCUACUGCUCAUGGCCAUUUCAUCAGCCUUUAUCCGGAGCUCAGUCUCCCCCGUUGAUCGCACCCAACGGUGAUGUUGGAGUUGACGGAAUGAUUAUUAACCUCGCGACGCUACUGGUUAACGCCGUUAAUGGGGAACAAGAACCCGCCUCGUUUUGUGUCGACAGGUUUGGGUCCGGUGCUUACCCAGGUUACCCGGGUCGUGUUCUAGUGGACAAGACUACCGGAGCGAGUUACAACGCUUUGGGUCUCGCCGGUAGGAAAUACCUUUUACCGGCGAUGUGGGACCCUCAGGCUGCAGAGUGUAGGACUUUGGUUUAAGUCAUAAAGGACUCGUGGCAAGAAUCACUGGUUUGGGAUGUGUUGUUUUGUAUUAAAUGUGAAGAAUAA